AUGCAGGACAGAGCUUUCAGCUUCAUGAGGUUCCACAUUGGUUGGAACCCCAGAAAGUUGAGAAUUUUCAUCUACAGUGCAGAACAGGGAAAAUUAGCAAAAAAAGCUUUCUUUCAAAGAAUAUCAAUCAUGUUGCUGAGGAGCGCAUCAACACCAGUUAUUGGAUCUCUCCUUUCAUCAUUCUCAGCAGACAGUCCCAAUAUCAUUAGCAACCAUCACUCUGAGCCCACCAAACCAACCACCAUCCACCAUACUCCCUCCAAAUUCUCAUUCCACCAAACUGGGGCUCUCAACAUCUCACACAAUUCCUCACCGAUCUCUCCCUCAGUUGAUUCUGACCGGUUUUCGUCCUACGGAUUUCGAAGGGCUCAGUCUGAUGGGAACCUGGAAGGACUACUGGCCUAUGCUUCUUGUGACCAAAAUGAAGAUCAUGUCUGUGACUUAAAACCGCCCAAGAUUUUUCCUGGAAGAUUCAAGUGCACGAUGCUGCAAACUAUCCCAUCUUUUUCACUUCAUAACUCAGAUGUUGAAGAAGAUAGUGAUAUAGAAUAUGAGGAUGAGGAAGAAGAGUUCGAGGAGAAUGUGGAGAGAGUUGUGGCUAUGGAAGGUGAAAAUGUUGGUUUAGAGGAGAAGGUGAAGAACAUGAGCUUAACUCAGGAUGUGAAAUUUUUGGACAAAAUAUGGAGUGCAGGUUUUGAAGAGAAAAGAGAGCUUGUGAGUCGAGAAAUGCAUCUUGCAAAGGGGCUUGGGAUUGGUGGAGGCGGCGGCGGCGGGGGUAGCCGCGGUAGAGGAGAGGUUAAUUGGGAAGGAUCUGGUGAUGAUGGAGGAGACAACCAUGGGGCUGAGGGGCAUUACAAGAAGCUGGUUGAGGAAAAUCCAGGCAACCCUUUGUUUCUUGGAAAUUAUGCUCAAUUUUUGUAUCAGACCAUGGGAGACCUUCAUGGAGCAGAGGAAUAUUACUCUCGAGCCAUCCUAGCAGACCCUAAAGAUGGUGAAGUUUUGGCUCAAUAUGCUAAUAUAGUAUGGGAGCUGCACCACGACCAAGAUAGAGCCCUGAGCUACUAUGAACGAGCAGUUCAAGCUGCACCUCAAGACAGCCAUGUCCAUGCGGCAUAUGCUAAUUUCCUCUGGGAAACAGAGGAAGACGAAGAUGAAGAUGAAGCUUAUGCGGCAGGGAACGAUCUUCGUGCCAUGCCGUCAUAUCGUCACGAAGGAAUUAUGACUUCAGCAAGUGCCUAA